GAUAAAGAUUGGGGACUCAGCUGGAAUUUACCCAAAAGUCGAUGCUCUAAUGGAACCCAACCUAGUUUGCCAGUCCUAACUCCUGAACCUAGUGGACAUUUCUUUUGAAAAAAUCCCCUCUUUCAACUUCGAAUCGGGCUUCUCUUCCUCCCCGAUUAAAAAUAACUUUAAUUGUUAGCAUUGAGUUGAUUGACUUGUUUUGACUUGAAUCGUGAAUCAUCCAUCAUUGAUGAGGAAAAGAGAGAGAGAGAAUCCGUGUGGGGUUUGUGGGCAUUACCACAAGUACGAGGAAGGCGAGGUCUGCGGCAUCUGUGGCCACCGCAUGCCAUCCGGCUCCGAUAAUUCCGCAGCCUCUUCGACACAAGUCAGCGCCUUUCCCUCCGAGAUCCUGCCGGAGUUCCUCUACUUGGGCAGCUACGAUAACGCCUCCCGUGCUGAGCUUCUCAAGACCCAGGGUGUCUCGCGUGUCCUCAAUACAGUUCCUGCUUGUCAAAAUCUUUACAAGAACUCUUUUACCUACCAUUGCCUUCAAGAUGACCAAAAAUUGGCAUUUGAUGAUGCGAUCAAGUUUCUUGAACAAUGCGAAAUAGACAGGGCACGGGUUCUUGUGCACUGCAUGUCAGGGAAGAGCAGGUCGCCAGCUAUAGUUAUGGCUUACUUGAUGAAAAGCAAAGGUUGGAAACUUGCACAAAGUUACCAAUGGGUGAAAGAGCGGAGACCUUCAGUUGAACUAACUCAAGCGGUCUACCAGCAAUUACAGGAAUAUGAACAAAAGAUUUUCAGUUCAACAGAGAACAGAGUUUCCAUGCCGAGCUUCUCGCCCCCAAGCCUGCCAUCCUUCAGUUUUGGCUUCCCAAAGCCUAAUAAUCCACCUGUUCCUGUUUUCAAUAACAGUGGUGCCACUUCAUUCUUUUCCCACCAACCGUUGGAUGUUCCUCAGGAAUUCAGCUUCGGAGCAGGGCAAGCACAGAAAAACACUUCCGAUGAUGUUACCACUUAUGGCUCAAACACAAAUAUCUCUAACGUUAAUGAUGCUCCCAUGGGUGGUCCCUGAUAAACUUAGGUUUCAUCUUUUUAUACCUCUGUACAGUAGCCAGUCCGAAGUCAAAUAUUUCUCGACCACCAGUUUUUUACAUGAAGUUGAUCGAAAGAGGAAAUUCCUUUUAGAUUAUGGCUGUAACUGUGACACAGGAGUUUGAUAGGUGCUGUUGAUCUAGUAUGUAUGUUGAUCCCAGUAUAUUGAUGUUCAUUUCUGAGGUUAUUACAUUCAGAUUUAUUGAUAUGUUCUCUCUGCUGAUUUAUUGGUA